GUCAGCGGUGUAAUGAACUUCAUCGUUCUGAGCCUUACCACACUGCUGAACCUCACUACACACGAAUGACCGAUUCUUCAGGGUUAAGAGUGUACACUUGUGGCUUCCUACACAAAAGAAAUAUUGUGAAGACGCAGCCCACCGUCUUCAGUCAUUAUCUAGGCACUUCUGAGAACCUGGCCUCAUCUGGAAAUUUAUGUUGCUUCACAAGCUCCUCUCAGGAAAUGACAUUUCCUACAAAUACUUUACUGGAGAGGGGAGUGAUUAAGGGAGAGAGCAAAAGAGAGAGCCAGAGAAAAGAAAGAGUCAGGAAGAGGGGUGUUUCUAACUAGGAACAGAGCUUGCACUGUUCGGUAUUAUACACACAGAAACACACACAGUGAGAAAGAGAAAAGGAGUGAAAAAAGAGGAGAACUAUAUGCACAUUUACUUUUUCUGGCUGUUUAGCUGGGUGUAUGGAGCAUUCUGGUCUGCGAAAUGAAACUCUCCUCCGUUGUGAUGGUUCUCCUGACUAGGGCUUUGAUUGGAGAGUUGGCUGAGGCUCUGAAUGUGACGGUGACCCCUGGACCAGUUACUAUGUGUCUGGAGGGAGAAAAUAUUACCGUGUCAUGCCUGGUCUCUCAAAAGAAGAGGAGCAGCAGCGUGCUGGUUCUGCGCUGGCUCUACUUCCCGAAGCCUGAGGAUGAGCGACUGGUGGUGAAGAUGAAUUUCAAGAAGGCUAAGUACUAUGGGAACUACAGCCUAAGCUUUUCUCAGACCAAAUUUCACCUGUGGGAGGAGGUGGAAGGACAGAUAUACAGCCUGCUGAUCCUCAAUGUUUCCAGGGAAGACAGAGGCAACUACAGCUGUAAAGUGCAAGAGAUACGCAAACACAGAAACAAGUGGAGGGCCUCGGCAAAUGGCACAGGGACCAUGGAGCUACAAGUGCACUACAUAGGAAUCCCUGAGAGCACUGAUAACAUCUGGCGCUGGUUUCAAGAUGUUUAUCUGUGUGCAGUGCUGAUCUGCUCUGUGGGUCUGAUUUCUACCGUGCUUUUUAUUGUGAAAAUUACAUGUCAGUACAUGCAGCAUAAACAAAGACGAAAAGCCAGAUUCUAUUUGAUGAAAUGCCCAGAGAGCAGCUCUGGGGAGACAGUGACCAGUGUUGCGAGCUCAUCUCCUGGAAUGCACAGGAAAGAGAAAAGACAUAAAGCACCACCCAAAGACAUCGCUGCACAACCACCAGUGGUACCAGUGAAAGCUCCUGUUCCAAAUAAGCCACACAGGACCAAACUUUUAAAAGUCCAACCUAGAAAAGCACACAUGCCACGGGUGGCAGAUGACAGUCUGACAUACGCCGAACUGGAGUUGGUCAAGCGAGUGCCUGAGGCUAAAAGAAACAGCUCAGGAACUGCACAGCUGGAGACCAAUGCACACUGCACAGGAACUGUAUACGCCCAGAUCCUCUUUGUGGAAAAGCAAGUGUAAAUUCAGUUGAAACUGUUUUGUACCAGAAUUAUUUAUGAUAUACUGUUGCUUUUGGCAUUGUUCAUGUGAUUAACUGAUGCUGCAUUAACUGAUGCUGCAUUAUAAGUAUAAAGGCACAAUGUCCGAGCAUCUGGCAUUUGUACAUUCACAAUGUUUUCUAAUUUGGUACAUUCACCAAUUGCCUGUCUAUAUAUAGCUAUUCUUUUUUUAAACAGAGAGAAAAUAUUGCUUUACUGUUGGAUUUUAAUCCAAUACACAUAUUUAAUUCUGAUUUUAGAAUUGUGUAAAAAAAAAAAAAAAAGUAAUAAAAUAUGUAUUUUUUUUGUUAUAACCUAAGUCAUCAGGGUCCUGUGAACAUUAAAAUGAUUGCAGUUCACUGAUUUGCAAGUUAUAGAUUCAUAAAUAGGAAGCAAUUCCAUCUCACAUAAAACACCAAGCCUCACACAGGGACUAAUGCAACCCACAGAACAUUUAAGUAAGUCCACCAUCAACAUAUACAACAUUCAUGUUUGUUAGUACACUCUGGGGCAGUUUAUUCAUUGUUUCUGCCCCUCUUGCAUGAUUGAGUUCUGUCUAUAGCAUAGUAGGGAUAAAAGGAACCACAAUUCUUAGCUUGUGAAUAACAGCUCUAUCUGUGCAGGCCUUAGUUCACUCUCAGGCCUGCUGUAAUUCGGUGUUUGAGGUGAGACGAGCGUGAGUGUGUCUCUUCUGUACAGCUCAGAGUCAGUGACUAUGAUGAACCCGCUAAUGGUUACAUUUAUUCAAAUUAAACUAAUUGUGAUCAUGGUUAAUAAUUAGUUUUACAGUGCAUUAUAAUUGGGUUAGACUACAAGAUGGUUCUGCCUAGAUGCUAUAAUUUAUUUGAUUUAAUUAUUCAGAAGUGCCCAAAUGGUUUGACAUUUUAAUAUCAUAAAACCACUGACGUAUUAAAACUGAGAUAGCUAUUGUCUUUUGAGAAGGUCAUUUGACUCUCUCCAUGAGAUAUAUGAUGAUUAUUUUCCAGUCUAUUAAGCUCCUCCACUUAGCACAAUUAGCCACUCACACAAAGGUUAAAGAGAGCGACCCCCCAUCUCUUGGCUGUGGUCACAGUGCAUAUUAAUGAGCAGCUACACUGGUAGGCUAGCAGAGAGACCUGAGCAGGAUGAGAGAGAGAGAGAGAGAGAGAGAGAGAGAGAGAGGACAGAUCAUGAUAAUUAUUCUGUAGUACUAUUGCCCUCCUUACAGGAGGACUCCACAGUGACACAGAGAGAAGCUUUGGGGAUUAGUCUUAAGCACAAGGUAUACACAGAGUUCAACAACUAUCAUGAAAAGAAUGAUGACUUUGUGUUUAUUUCUCACAGAGUAAGGUGAAAGUGGGGCCAACAUGUCUCUUUAUAUGAAGUUAUUCCAUGUGGAAAUUGCAGGACAGAGACUGGAGCCAAGCAGAUCCACAAUAGAGAAAACCACAAAAUGAAGAUAGACUUCAACAUGCAAAAACAACAACAACAAAGCAUGAAAUGCACAAAAAACCUUUCAUCUGCACUCAAAUCUGUUGUGUUGCUAUAAACGGCAUCCUCUUUUAUUUAAAUGAACUCCAGAUGCCCACUAAGCCUUUUUCUUUUGUUUUGUAAAAUCAGAAAACUUCUUGUGGAUGAAGUUUGAUUCUAUCACUGUGCGAAAGUUGACAUAAUGAAGCCACAUCCAUCUCUUUCCAACAUGCUAGAUAAGAAUUGCACAGCUAUAAAACCAAAUGUUCACACUAAUCUAUACCUCCCACCUGCACCUUAAUGUCUACUAAUGAACUGACACACCCUAAAGUAUCAUGGAUUGAAGCUUCCUGUUAUGUUGAUGCUACGAUCCUAUUGCACACAGUGGCUCCUCUCCCACUCGCGUUCUCUGGGCGUUUUAGACUGCUUAAUGACAACCAUUAGGAGGAUGCAAUCUCAAAAGGUUGGGAGUAAAGCAACAAUUAACCCUCUUCCUCAGGGAGGUAUGUGGCGCAUGGCCUAAUGGGAGCAUCGUCAGCUCCGAAUAAUCACGGCUCAUCUCUGCCCUCUCCUAUAGCUGCCGAUGAGGAACAGAGCAUGAGUGUAAAAAGGGGAAAAUCCACAGUAUUACAAAGUAAGCAACAAUUUCAGACUCCAAAUCUACAUCAUACAACAGAGACCAAAGGAAAAGUAAUGUUGAGUCAUACACUGAGAAAUCAAGCACAUGGCAGUUACAGGCUAAUUUUAGUUUUGUAUCUUAGACUUUUUGUUAUGGAUUUAAAGAAUAUUUUACUCAUUCAUUUGACUCAUCUUUAGUAAUGCUUUACUCUGGGUGCAGUGAAUCCAGAGCCGAUCCUGGGAACACUGGUUAUGAGGCGGGAACACACUCAUCCAUUACAGUACACCAUUCACACAUACAAUCACACACACUUUCACAUCUAUAGGCAAUGUUUUGUGUAGCCAAUAUACCAACUUACAACAGAAGAACCCAGAAGAAACCUAUGGACAGACAGUAACCCAAGCUCAGGAUCGAACACGCGAGCCUGGAGCUGUGAGGAUGGAAAAAUUUAUUUAUUUUUUAUACAGAGUGCAAAUCAGCUGGGUUCCUUCAUAUUUCAGCAUUAGUAAUACAUCUUUAGUAAUCAAUUUAAAUGAUCAUUUUGAUAAAAUGUGGAUGAGGUUCUUCAAAAAAAAAAAAAAAUGUAACUAACACAGUGCACUGAUUCUGAGAAUGACUAUUGUGAUUGUCCGUGCUUCUGGUUAUGUGAUUUAAAUAUAAAUUCAUUAAGACUUGAGCAGCAGACAGGUUGUCUGAGAAAGGCGAUUAAAUCCCAGCCAAAAUAUUUUGCUGAAGCUUAGAAAUACAUUGAAGAAAAAAAAAGUCUUACUCUCUGCAAAAUGUUGCACAAUCAUAGCAUGCACAUUUCACAUUUAAAAGUUUUUUUUGUAUAUGUUAAAAAUCUAAAAGGAAACAUUUCUUUGUAAUUUCAGUCUGUUUUUAUUUAAUACCAAAUACAAAUAUGUAUCUCUCAUCAAAAAUAAACAGCAAUACUGGUCAGUAACACAAGUAAAUUUGUGAGUUUGUAGAUCUAUGAGCAUGCAUAACAAAAGUGCUUGCUAAGUAUUCCUGUAGACCACAAAAUAAAGGGGGUUGAAAAAAAAAUCUCAAACACCAUAACCUUUUCUGUUAGUGGCAGAGAACACACUCUCAAGCUGGGACGGGUGAGUCACUCCAGUUCUGUAAAAGCUGCUUGUAUAAAAAGCAACUUACUUUUCACUAGGCACAAGAAAACGCCAAGCAAAACAGAAAUAUCUGAUUAACUGUUGCACAAAAUAUUCAUUGAAUCCACAUAUAUUUACAUGCUAGAGAUGAACACAAUAGAUCGUCGUUAUUUUGUACCACCUGGAUUGUGAUGCGGAGUGUGAGCAGGAUCCAGAUUGUACAAAAUGAUCACAUGAGCCAUCAAGACAUAUGAAAAAAAAAAUAGCGUGAAAGAAAAACAAUCUACAGCUAAGAUAAUACAGG